GCCAGGCUGCGGGCAGGGCCCCGCCACUCCCGCAGCACCCAUCCGACGCGUUCCCCACACUUGCCCGCCCCAGCUUCCCACUUUCCAUCGGUGAGCUCCGCUGCUCGCCCUGGCCAACUCUGUUCCUCUUCUGCUAGCUGCUUCCCUUCCCUCGAACGUCCUCAAGACCGGUGCCCGCGCCGCCCCACGGCCCCCUCGCCUACCCUUUCAGCCCACUGUUCCCGGGUCUCCAACUGCUGCCACACGGGAACCAGUCUAUAUCCAUCCUCUCUUUCGAUGCCUAUGGGUCUCGGCCGCUGGACAUUUCAAAUUUCCCUAGACAGCACUUUGGAUCGGAUAAACUUUACCCGAUAAAGGGUGAGAGUGCUUGCCCCACACCUUGGAUGUUGGCCCAGCUCACCUACUUCUUUGAGGUUCUGGGCAAUCUGGAGUCACCUUGACUCCGGAGCGACGAAGUCAUCUCGGUUUUGUGCCAGGCUGUGUGCAUCCUUCUACUUUUCAGCCGGAACUUUCCUCAACUUCUCUGGCUGAGUGGAGACAUUAUGCCGCAGGAAGAGUGAGCUCGUGCCCUUUUCAUCAUGGAGGACUCAGGAAAGACUUUUGGAUCAGAGGAGGAAGAAACAAACUAUUGGAGAGACCUGGCCAUGACCUACAAGCAGAGGGCAGAGAAUACACAGGAGGAACUUCGAGAAUUCCAGGAAGGAAGCCGGGAAUACGAAGCUGAAUUGGAGACUCAGCUGCAGCAAAUUGAGACCAGGAACCGGGACCUAUUGUCAGAGAAUAACCGCCUUCGAAUGGAGCUGGAGUCUGUGAAGGAGAAGUUUGAAAUGCAGCAUUCAGAGGGUUACCGGCAGAUCUCAGCCUUAGAGGAUGACCUGGCUCAGACAAAAGCCAUUAAAGACCAACUGCAGAAAUACAUCCGGGAACUGGAACAAGCCAAUGAUGACCUGGAAAGAGCCAAACGAGCCACGAUCAUGUCCCUGGAAGACUUUGAGCAGCGUUUGAAUCAAGCCAUCGAAAGAAAUGCCUUCCUAGAGAGCGAGCUGGAUGAGAAGGAGAAUCUUCUAGAAUCUGUGCAAAGGCUGAAGGAUGAAGCCCGAGACCUGCGGCAGGAAUUGGCUGUGCAGCAGAAGCAAGACAAGCCUCGGACACCCAUGCCAGGCUCAGGUGAAGCCAGAAGGACAGACAUGGCUGUGCAGGCCACAGGCUCUGUACCGUCUACUCCAAUAGCUCACCGAGGACCUAGCUCUGGUGUGAACACACCAGGAAUGUUCAGACAUGGUCUGGAUAGCUCCAGUAGUGGGACCCCACUCACACCUGCUGCCCGGAUAUCAGCCCUAAACAUUGUUGGGGACCUGCUUCGGAAAGUUGGGGCCCUGGAGUCCAAACUAGCAUCAUGCAGGAACUUCAUGUAUGAUCAGUCCCCAAGCCGGACAGUCGGGCCAGCCUUGGGACGAGGAACCAAAAACAGAGAUGGCGUUGACAAAAGGCCAGGCAGCACCAGUGUGGGCGAUAAAGGGUCAGGAAAACGCUUGGAGUUUGGGAAGCCAGCCUCACAGCCAGCAUCACCAACGCUGCCAUCCACCCAGGGUGUGGUCAAGCUUUUGCUUUAGGACCAGUGGGAACUGCGCCCUCACCUGUCUUCCCUACUUUAUAGUCGGCUUUUAGUCAUUUUAUUUUCAAGGUAGUUUGAGAAAUAAGAACCAGCAUGACCAGCAUUCACUUUGUGCUGUGUAUCCUACGCUGACUAAGGCUGUUGGCUGUGGACUUGGCAUCAUCCCUGUAAUGUGCCCCAGUACCUAGCAGUGUAUGGCAUUGAAAUGAGCUCUGCCCCCAACCGGGCAGCUCUAAGGUAUGAUGUCAUUGGCUACCUAGAGUUUUAAUGGCCUCCAGAGGUGUUUUGUAUAAUCUUCAGGGCAGGACUGAAAGUCCAGCUCAGGUGCUCUCUACAGCCUACUUCCAGCUGAAGCUGUCUUUUAGAACAUUCUCCUGGUGCUUUUACAGCAUGAUUAAAUUGUAUCUAGGACUGGGAGAUUACAGAGGCAAAAGGCUGUAUUAAACUAUGGCCAUGUACCUUUGAUAUUUCAACACUGUUUGCCUCUUAGGUCAGUGGGAGUCUAUCCUCUAUAGAUAAACCCUGACUCCUGCCUUUCCUGAGUCCCCUGCCCUGAUGUUGGGGUGACAUGUGCAUCAGGACCCUGGACAACUUUCGUUGCACUGGACUUUGUUACACCAUCCGUAAGAACAUCCAGCCAGCAGGGUUUCAUCCAGACAGCAUAGAGCAACCAGAGUGACUGACUCGUGAGCUGGAGAUCACUGCCAGAUGCUCCCUGGUGGUGCAAGAAACCCAGCACUUUCAGAUGCUCCCUGGGGAUGUGGAAAACCCAGCACAGGCUCUGCAGUACCAGCUCGUCUCUCGUCUCUCGUCUCUCGUCUUUGAGUGUGGUGCUGCCUCACGCUUUGGUCCACAAAAAGAAAAGCAUACUAAUACCAGGGCUUGGCACCCUUCACUUAGCUACUAACUUAUUUUCUAGUUGAUAGGGCAAAACUGGCCUAGAUUCAGCCUAGAACUUUCUGUGUGCUACUGACAUUCACAAGGUGGUGUUAAGCUGCUUGGCUAUUUGUUCUCCUUAGACAUAAUAACCUGGGAAAAGAUGGACUUUAUUUUUUAUAAGAAAUAAAAUAAAAAGAAAUGCCUGCUCAAUA